AUGAAUGUGUCUGGCAAAGGAAUCACCUCCUCUGUGAGCCAUUUCAUCCUCAUGGGCUUUCCCUCCAGCCCAGAAAGGCAGCUCCUCUACUUUGGGCUCUUCUCAGUAACCUACAUCCUGACCCUGAUGGGGAAUGCGGCCAUUGCCUGUGCUGUGCUGUGGGACCGCCGCCUUCACACCCCCAUGUACAUCUUCUUGGGCAAUUUCUCUCUCCUGGAAAUAUGUUAUGUCACCACCAGUGUCCCUAACAUGUUGGCCAACUUCCUGUCCACAACCAAGUCUAUCUCCUUCGUGAGCUGUUUUGCACAGUUCUACUUCUUCUUCUCCUUUGGGUGUGAUGAGGGCUUCUACCUCUGCAUCAUGGCAUUUGACAGGUACCUCGCCAUCUGCCGCCCUCUGCAUUACCCGCGCAUCAUGACUAAACAGCUGUACACUGGCCUGGUCAUCUUUGGAUGGUCAGGUGGUUUGAUCAUCUUCGUAACCCCAGUUGUUCUCAUUUCCCAGUUGCCCUAUUGUGGUCCAAAUAUCAUCAACCAUUUUAUGUGUGAUCCUGUCCCUUUGAUGAUGCUUUCCUGUUCUGAAGAUAAAACCACACAGUCCAUUUACUCUACUUUCAAUACUAUUUUUAUGAUUGGCACCUUCCUCUUUGUUAUCUGUUCAUAUGCCCUAGUGAUUCUGUCUGUUCUACGGAUGCCCUCAGCAGCGAGCAAACGCAAGGCUUUCUCCACGUGUGCAUCUCACCUGGCUGUGGUGUUCUUGUUUUUCGGGUCUGUUAUGGUGAUGUAUAUUACCCCUGGAUCAGGGCACCCAGUAAAAAUGCAAAAAAUCAUUACUUUGUUUUAUUCUGUGAUAACACCUCUGUGCAAUCCUCUAAUAUAUAGCCUGAGGAACAAGGAAAUGAAGGCUGCACUGAGGAAGAUAUUCAGAAUUGAAAAAGGUUUUCAUAAAAUAUAA